AUGUUUGCCAGCAGAGCAUUAUCAUCAGCUCGUGUAGCGUCUGCAGUGCAAGUGAGUCCAUCCAGACUCGUAGCUCGAGUAGUUGCAUCUGGUGCUCUCUCCCAAAGGAUUCAUACCACAUCAGUCGCUCGCUCCGUUCCCACAUUGGAUUCAGACCCAUGGCAAACAUCAAAGAAAUUCCAUCGUCCCAUCUCCCCACAUAUGACCAUCUAUGAACCACAAAUCACCUGGUAUGGCUCAAUCAUCCAUCGUAUCACUGGUGCUGGUCUAGCUGCUGGAUUCUACGGUGGUGCUAUCUGGUACGGAAUCGCCCCAUUCGACUCUGCUGUCCUCAUUAGCGCUAUAUACUCUCUACCCUCCCCCGUCAUUGUAUUCGGCAAACUCGCUCUUGUGGUUCCAUUCGUAUACCACUCAUUGAAUGGUAUUCGUCACUUGAUCUGGGACACAGGUGUCGGAUAUGACAACAAGACCGUCAUAGUGACUGGUUGGACUGUGGUUGGUCUGACGGCUGUUGUUAGUGCUGCAUUCUUCUUCAUGUAUACGUCUGCCAACUAUCGGCAGCCCGAGCUAGGUGCCCCGUUAAGUGCGUCCUCGCGUACCCGAGGAAACUCCUCGUCAAGUGCAUUUUAUUGCGUUGGAGUCUUUUCAGGCAUGUGGGAGAGCCUGCCGUGGAAUCGCCUGCCAAGUAGGACCAUGCUGGCUGGAUAUAUAAGCGGUGCUCUUUUUGCUCUUGGAUGGUGGAUUUUCAUUGAUGGACUGGCAUUCUGCUCUACUCGAGACCCAGCACUCCCAGUCCCUAUAGCAUUUGAAGACUGGGUUCCUGGAAUACUAUCUACUAUCGCUCUUAUUGUCGUGAAUCUGAUUGACAAGGAAAAGCUAAACGCAGACGACUUUUCGUACUCGGGUUCCAACGUCGCUUGUAAAGCCAGAUUGUUUGCCUUUGUGGGUGUUACGAUGGCGCUGGGGUCUUUGGGUGGUGCUUUGGCAAUCAUGAGUCUCAAAUACGCAAUGCCAGGAUACUCUGGUAAUGAUUUCUACUUUGGAUUGACGGUCGUUCUUCAGAACUUUUUGAUCUUUUUCGGGUCGAUGCUAUUAUGGUUCGGCAGGAAUAGCUCUGAGAAUGAAUAUGCACCGUUUUAA